AAAGUGAACAGUGAAUUGUGCUUAAAAUUGUGAAUUAUCUUGAAAGUUUUGCUUUCAAAUCAUUCAAAAUGAGUUCUAAUAUUCAUAAAAAACCGUCAGCGAUAUUGUUAGCAAACAUUGAACAGAGCCUUCUAUCCAACAUGGAAAGUACAAAAAAUGACUUUGCGGCUGACCUAGAAAAAAAGCAACUACAAUUUUUGGCCAUGUUUCCCGAUCUUAUAAAUGAGUUGAAAGCAGCAUAUAAAGUUCAUGACCCGGACGAUGGAGGAGAACAUUUGGAAGAAGUUUUGAAAUACAACGUUGAUGGAGGAAAGAAUAUUCGUUCGAUAAUUCUGCUCAAGUCUUAUGAAGAAAUUGCUUCUGAGAACAUGAAAACAGAAGAAAAUCUUAAACGAGCUUCCUAUCUAGCCUGGUGCCUUGAAUUGAUGCAAACAUCGUUUUUAAUCUUGGACGAUAUAAUUGAUGGUAGUCGUACCCGUAGAGGAAAGCUCUGCUGGUACAUGAAGGAGGACAAUAACUUUUCUGUCUUUUCCGAUGGACUCAUGAUCCACAACUGUGUCUAUCAGUUGGUAAAGGAUCAUUUCAGCCAUUUGGAUUGCUACGUGCCCUUAUGGGAGCUAUUGCUGGAUUGUUCAUUCUACACAGGCCUAGGACAGCAGAUGGAUAUGCGGACAAAGUUUCAGGACAUUUCUCGUUUCACUAAGGAUCACUAUAGGAGAAUAGUAAUCAAGAAGACUUCCUUCUACACGUUCUACCUCCCCGUAGCAGCUGCCAUGGUUCUUGUGGGGUACAAGAAGGAAGAAGACUUUGAGCAAGUUAAGGAGAUUCUCUUUGAAUUCGGGUACUUCUUUCAAGCUCAGGAUGACUACCUUGAUUGCUAUGGUGAUCCCAAAUUAACCGGAAAAAUUGGUACAGACAUUCAAGAGGGCAAAUGUACGUGGCUCGUUGCAACUUGCCUCGAACGAGCGGAUGAAGCUCAAAAGGCCAUCCUCAAGGAGAACUAUGCUAAAGAGGAUGAAGAAUCAGUUGAAAAAAUUAAAAAGCUCUACGAGGAUUUAUCUAUUCGGGAAGCUUUUCACGAAUACGAAGAAAAAGCUUAUAAAUCCCUCAAAGAAAACAUUCCGAAAACUAAAAAUCUUCCCAUCAAAUUGUGUCUAAAUAUUUUGGAGAAAAUCUAUAAGAGGAAAAAAUAGUUUUGAAGGAGCUUUCAUUAUGUGUAUGUACACAUAUAAAGGUAACGGAUUUUGUCAAGGUAAAAGGGGUACAACGGAAUUAAUUAAGAAUUCUUAUAGGUUAUGAAUUUUAGAAGUUCUUUUGUCUGUAAAUUGAAUAUCAAAGAAUGAUUUAAUUAGCAAAAUAAAUUAUUAGAAAC